GCAAGUGUAGUGACAGACCGGUAUCAGGCUUGGUCCCCGUGAUAAUAUCGUUUAUCGAUAACAAAUCGUUUCUUUGUAGUUACAAGAAUUACUAGUGAAACUCAGUGACUUAAACGAAAGCAUCUCGAAGAAAGUGCUUGCAAACAUGGACAUUAUCGACAGGAUAGUUGAUAGUUACCAUGACCUCAUGGACAAUAAAAGCGACCAGAGAGUGAAAGAUUGGUUCCUAAUGUCCUCGCCUUUCCCCACAUUAUGCAUCUGCCUCACAUAUGUUUUCAUAGUCAAAGUUGCAGGACCAAAGUUUAUGGAAAAUAGGAAACCUUACGAACUGAAAAAUGUACUUUUAUGGUACAAUUUGUUCCAGGUUAUAUUUAGUGCGUGGCUCUUCUACGAGAGUAUCAUCAGUGGAUGGUUCACAACACAUAGUUUUAGAUGUCAACCUGUGGAUUAUUCGAGGAGUCCCCAAGCAAUGCGGACUGUACACGGCUGUUGGUGGUAUUACUUCUCGAAGUUUACGGAAUUUUUCGACACGUUCUUCUUCGUUUUAAGGAAGAAGUUUGAUCACGUGUCGAAGCUGCACGUCAUCCAUCAUGGUAUCAUGCCAAUGUCAGUGUGGUUCGGAGUCAAGUUCACACCCGGUGGUCACUCGACAUUCUUCGGAAUGCUCAACACGUUCGUACAUAUUGUAAUGUACUCGUAUUACCUACUGGCGGCCCUCGGCCCUAAGGUCCAGAAGUAUCUCUGGUGGAAGAGAUACCUCACAGCUCUGCAAAUGGUGCAAUUCGUCCUCGUGUUCUUCCACGCGUUCCAACUGCUGUUCAUCGACUGCGACUACCCUCGCGCCUUCGUCUGGUGGAUCGGCAUGCACGCCGUUCUAUUUUACUACCUCUUCUCUGAUUUCUACAAACAAGCUUACAUCAAAAAAGCCAAGAAAGAAAAGGCGGCGCAGAAGUUGUUGGUGGAAUCUUCAAAGUCAGAGACAAAAGAUAGAAUGUUGCCAUUGCUCAAUGGUUUCAGCAACGGGUCUGCGCUCGGCGACGUGCGGCAGCGGGUCGCGGGCGCGGUCGCGUCUCAAUGAGAUUUAUAAUAUUUAUUCAGCACGUGCCAAUCAAAUUAUUCAAAUCUCUCAAACAUACUCUGUCAUGGCGCAUAGAGGAUGUACAAAUUUUCUCGAAUCAUGAGAAAAGCUCAAUUAGUUUCAAAGUGAUAGGAUUAUAGAUUAUUUAACUUUAGGUAAACUUAUGUGACCUACCUACUUUUUUUUGGUGUCAGAAUCAUAAUCAUAAUAACACUGCAAAAUUAAGGAUGUUAUAUGUAAAAGAGCUAAAUUUUAUAUGUGAAAUAGUUUUUGUGGUCUUUUUUACUAUUACGAUAAUUUACGAUCGGUCGUAAUAGCAAUUGUUAAUUAAUUUUAAUAAAAGCACAUUCCAUAAAAGCAUAAAUCUUAUAUUUUAACGAUUCAUGUAAAUAUACUUAUGGACUUUUCUACGCAGUUUUCCGCCUACAUUUUUUAUUCGCCAAUUUCAUAUACAUAAUGAAUACUGCAACCUUCGCUGGCCUUACACAAAUUAUAUUCCAAUUGAAAUGAAAGAGUAGUUACAAAAAGUUAUAUAGGUAUGCCAAUAAGGAAAAUGAUAUGAAACGAUUAUUUUUACUUCUAUUAUAUUGUUAAUACCACAAAAGCUAUUACAAGUAUAAUAUCCCUGUGUUGUUACUAAGCAUUUGAUCUAACACUUGUGGUGAUGUUUUUUUUUAUAUUGAUUAACCCAUAUCUUUAGGUCAAACGACUACAUUCUAUAUAUUCAAGAAUUGAAUAUAUCGCAAUAAUUUCUUCUACUAAAGUAGAUAACAAUUGCAUUUUAUUAAGUGGUAGGAACGCAGUUAUGUAAAUAUUUUAAAUAAAUGGUGGUUUAUUGCCCCUAGAUAUAGUUUUUAGUAUUUUAGCGUCGGUUGAGUGUGGGUUAAGCUUGAAAUGUCAAUGUGGGUAAAUUAUGAAGAAGGUAUUCAAUACAUAUUGCAUUGUAUACUUUCAAAGAUUAUGUUAAAUUAAGUUGUUUUAGGUUUCUUUAUUGUUUUGAACUUUGAACUUUAAAUGUAUUUAGUAUGGGUGCUCAAUAAAUAUUAAAUACCCUCUUAUUGUUAUUAUUAUUUCGUUGUCUGUAUAAACAUUUAACACACUAAUUAUUAUUGGUGAAAAUAGACAUUUCAACUUAAUCAUUAGGAAUAAUUUAUAAUACAUACAACUAGUUAUAGGUUUUGUCAAUGACAUGUUUGUUAGAGGCAUAUUUUUUUUAUAAUAUGACAAAAUAUAUAACUGAAUGUACAAUUUUGUGAUACUUAGGUAUUAAAGUAAAUUUGAUAUGAA